CUCCGGUCGACAAUCCCAAGGCUGGAUCAGCCGCACACAGCCGUGUCUUCUCAACUUUGUGAAUCCUCCUGAUGCAUCUCUGCUUAUCUUACCAAAUAGCAGCUACUUUCGCUGUAUCUCUUCCGUCUGCGUCCAGUAGAAGCUGCCGAACGCAGCACGCGGUUCCUGGCGCGAUCCAUUGCCUCUUAUCGGCUCGCAGAAAUAUUCCCUCUUAAGUUUGCCUGUGUUCGUUAAGAACCUUCACGUCGUAUCGUACUCGUCAGCAGCGUUGUUUACGCCGUCCUCCUACCCCCGGACCGCCAUCGCUCCCCGGCACGCUGGCUGCGCGCCAUGUAUGCGCGGCUGGCCUGCAGAGCAGCGCGCAGGCGAGGGUCGCCGCUCGUCGACGCGCUGCUUAGGGUUUCCUCCCCCUGCCAUACAGAACCGCCGCAAAUCGCGGCAGAUCUACCCGGAUCUUUGCGGCUCAGCGCGCAGCGCUGGUAUUCGUCCGAUCGAGACGGCGACGCGGAUCGCGAGGAGAACGACGUGGUGAUCAUCGGCGGCGGGCCCGGCGGGUACGCGGCGGCGAUCCGCGCCGCGCAGGUGGGGCUGAAAGUGACGUGCGUGGAGAGGCGAGGGCGGCUCGGCGGCACGUGCUUCAAUGUCGGAUGUAUCCCCUCUAAGUCGCUGCUGGAGUCGUCCCGCAAGUUCUACGAGGCGAGGCACUCACUAGCGAAGCACGGCGUGCGCGUGAGCGGCGCGGAGGUGGACCUGCCGGCCAUGAUGGCGCUGAAGAACGACGCCAUAGAGAGCCUCACGUCGGGCGUGGAGCGCAUGUUCCAGCAGCACCGCGUCAACUACGUCAAAGGGGCAGGGCGCCUCACAGGCACCCACGAGGUCACUGUGCGGCUGCUGGACGAGCACGGGCAGUUCGGGCAGGAGAAAAAGAUUCUCUCGGCGAAGAAUAUAAUUAUCGCCACGGGGUCGGACAUUCGGCAGGUGCCCGAGGUGCCGAUCGACGAGAAGAAAAUAGUCUCGUCCACAGGGGCGAUGAGCCUGGAGAAGGUUCCGGGAAAGAUGCUGGUGGUGGGGGGUGGGGUGAUUGGGCUGGAGAUGGGGUCGGUGUGGAGCCGGCUGGGCGCGGAUGUGACUAUAGUGGAGUUCGCGGAUGGCAUCGGCGGGUACAUGGACAACGAGAUCCGGCAGGCGUUCCACAGCGUGCUGGAGGCGCAGGGGCUCAAGUUCCUCCUCGGCACCAAGGUCGUGUGCGGGGACGCGUCGGGGCCGGGCGUGGUGUUGCAGGUGGAGCCGGCCAAAGGGGAGGGCGAGCGGCAGGAGAUGCAUGCGGAUGUGGUGAUGGUGGCGGCGGGGCGCGUGCCGUGCACCAAUGGGUUGGGGCUGGACGAUGUGGGGGUGAAGCGGGACAUGAACGGGCGGAUCUUCGUGGAUAGCCACUUCCGCAGCACCAAGCCGAACGUGUAUGCCAUUGGGGAUGUGAUCCCGGGGCCCAUGCUGGCGCACAAGGCGGAGGAGGACGCGAUUGCGUGCGUGGAGAACAUUAUGAACGGGCACGGGCAGGUGAACUACGCCACGGUGCCUGGGAUUAUCUACACGCACCCCGAGGUGGCCAUGCUGGGUAUGACGGAGGAGGAGCUGCAGGCCACGGGGAUGGAGUACCAGGUGGGUAAAUUCCCCUUCAAGGCGAACAGCAGGGCGCGGGCCAUGGGGGAGGUAGAGGGGUUUGUGAAGAUCCUGGCGGACAAGGAGACGGACCUGGUGCUGGGCGCACACAUACUGGGGCCCAGCGCAGGCGAGCUCAUCAUGGAGUGUGUCUUGGCCAUGGAGCACGGGGCUACCACGCUGGACCUGGCCCGCACGUGCCACGCGCACCCCACGCUCACUGAGGCUGUGAAGGAGGCUGCUCUUGCGGCCCAUGGCAAGCCCAUCCACUCGUAAGCAGCCAGUGGGCCGUGGAGAAGCAGAGCAGAGGGGGAGUGAGGAGUCAAGGAAUGCGCAGCAGUGGGGAGCGGAUAAAAGGGGAGGUACUGUAAGGGGGGGGAGGAGGGGGGGGGAGACUGGUUUGGGUGGGGUCUGGGGAGGCGGGGGUGGUGGGAAGCAGAGCGGAGGGAAGGAGUGCAUGGAGGGCAGGAGGUGGGGUGGAUAAGCACCCUGGGUCCCUCACGGAUGCUGGGGACGUAAGGUACAGCAGCGGCCAUGUGCUACAGGUAGCGACAUGUGUAAGGGUUGAUGCUGCAUUGCAGUGUAUUUCCUGUACUAUGGAUGAUAAUCGUGUCUGUUCUGGUAGUGAACAAGCACACCAGUUGAGCAAUCCCGAGGGUACAGUCUGGACUGGGCUGGUCAGAAGCUAACAGUGGAGAUGUUCAGUUUAGCACCUGCUGUGGCAGAGUUUCUGCUUUUGGGGCGCUUGCUGCGCUAAGAUCCACAUGGACGCUUGCCUGCCAUGCCAGUUUUGAUGGAAAGUGCACUGAUGAUGCUAUAUCAGGUUAGUGGGAGCUGGAGCUGUAAGCAUUUUCAUCGCUUUUGUAAAGAUUAUGCCCGUGGCAGCAGUCAUCGAUCCAAGGCUUGUACACCGCUCUGGGUCGUAGCAGGCAGUUGUGAGCCAGCACAUGCUUGAGGCCUGAACUUGUGUAUGUUGCAACAUGACAUAUUAU